AAAAAUUUGUUCUUUAAUGAAAGUGAAAAAAAAGUUAUAAUUUGUACGUGUUAAUCUUGUUAAUUAGCCAUAUUCUUGGCUAUCAAUUAUAUAUAGUGAUGUAAUCAACAAGUAUUUCUUAAUUAUUUAUGCAUAUAUUAAAAAGAGAAACAUCUUUAAAAAAAUGGCGAGAAAAUUAAUCAAAUUUUUAAUAUUAUUUGAUAAUACGUCCCUGUUGUACUUUCCUGGACAAUUUUUAAGUGGACGAGUUUUAAUUGAAUUAGAUGAUGAUACACCAACUUUAGGACUGCAUUUUCAUGUUGUGGGUGAAGGCGUAGUUCAUGUACGAAAACCUCAUCAAGAAAAAACAUAUGAUCGUGAAAAUUAUAUUGAUUUUCGAAUGAGACUUCUUGGUGAACCAGGCCAAGGACCAUCAGUACUAUCACCAGGAAUCCAUAGUUUUCCAUUUAAAUUAGGUUUACCAUUAGGAUUACCAUCAACAUUUUUGGGUAAACAUGGUUGGGUACAAUAUUUUUGUAAAGCGGCAUUACGUGAACCAAAUGGUUUAACACAUAAAAAUCAACAAGUGUUUAUUGUAAUGAAUCCAGUUGAUUUAAAUUUGGAACCGCUUGUAUUGGCGCAACCGUUCCGCUGUGAAGUAGAACAUAAAAUUGGUAUUGGAUGUGUGGGUUCAGGAGUUUUAGAAUGUUUUGUGUCAUUGGAUCGUGGUGGUUAUGUUCCUGGUGAAAGUAUUGGCAUCAGUGCUCGUAUAACAAAUCGCAGUCGUGUAGUCAUUAAAUCAACAAAAGCUGCUUUAACAGAGACAAUACAAUAUUUGUCAAGAGGUAAAGUUGUUCAAACGGAAAAACGUGAAUUAGCAAGUUUAACGCAUGGUAAAAUUCGACCGAAUGGUACUGAUCAUUGGAACAAUGAACAAUUAUAUGUACCACCAUUACCGCCAACGAAUCUUCGUGGUUGCCAUUUAAUUAAAAUUCAUUAUGAUGUUUUUUUCAUAAUCGAGCCAAAAAGUUUCGAAAAGGAAGUAAAACUUCAAUUACCAAUAAUGAUGGCCACAUAUCCAUUAAACGAUGGUGAAGAUAAACCAGGCACUCAUUAUCCUUCUACACUACCAAUUUUUCGUCCAUGGUUGGAGGAAAAAUCUGCAAAUGACUAAUGAAUUAAAACAAUUAUAAAUAGGUUCUUUUUAAUUUAGUCCCAUAAAAUAACUCAACCUAACGAAUGGUUCCUUGGGAAUUAAACAAAACAUAAUUAAACCAUAUAUAAAUAUUAAGUUAGAUAUCGUGAACUUUUUAAUUAGUGAAUUUGAUUUUAAUUUGUGAAAAUGUUUAUUUAAGGGACGGUUCUAGUCAAAUAUAUACUACAAGCUUUGUUAAAUUAAUUAGUCGUUGAAAAAAAUUUUGGAACACCCGUAGCUCGAAAACUACACUCUAAAAAUUUU